UCCUCUGACCCAACAAUGUCGCCACCACUGAAAAGGCCCACCUGCCUGCGGCCCUGGCAGAGAGAAUAAUUCACUGCAAGUCGAGCACCUUCUAGAUCGCUCCUGGGGUACUGGGACAGAAGUCACUGUGGUCCACGAUACUGAAGCAGAAAAAAAAAUGACCUUAUGAACAUGGGAAAAGAAAUCCAGGUACGGCCCAAGGUCAAUGUCUCUUCUUACAUCCACUUUUUACUGAAUUACAGAAACAAAUUCAAGGAGCAACAGCCAAAUACCUACCUUGGCUUUAAAGAGUUCUCUAGAAAGUGUUCGGAAAAAUGGAAGUCCAUCUCAAAGCACGAGAAGGCCAAAUAUGAGGCCCUGGCCAAGCUGGACAAAGCCCGAUACCAGGAAGAAAUGAUGAACUACGUCGGCAGGAGGAGGAAACGCAGGAAGCGAGACCCCCAGGCGCCCCGGCGGCCCCCAUCGUCCUUCAUACUCUUCUGCCAAGAUCAUUACGCCCAGCUGAAGAGGGAGAACCCCAGCUGGACGGUGGUGCAGGUGGCAAAGGCCUCGGGGAAGAUGUGGACCGUAAUGACGGCCGUGGAAAAGCAGCCCUACGAACAGAGAGCAGCCCUCCUGAGAGCCAGGUACCAGGAGGAGCUGGAAGUCUACCGUAAGCAGCGUCAGGCCUGGAAGGAGAACCACGCGUCGGCCGGGAACCUGCACAGAGGGAGAUCUGAGCCGGGCAGGAGCUGAGGGAUCCGGUUUGAAAAAUAAAAUGCCAUUCGACUGAC